AAAAAAGGAACACCCCGUGGCUGAAGAGCGAACUAUCACCAGUGAAGCUGCUUCAUGAAUCUCAUGUGAAAUCCACGCACUUGCCACUCAGCAAAGUGGAUAAUAAACGCGGCUGCCAAAUCAGUAUCUUGUGAUGUGGCUAAAUGGAGUCUGAAUUGCACAACUCCUUUUUUUUUCUUUCCCCUUUUCCCCUGGAAGCACAAAGAGCUCGUCUGCUUCCCGGGUCCACCCACGCUCGGUGUUGUGCAACCCCCACGACACAGCGCGCUAGCAGUGCGGUGCAAAACGCAGACCCGACGAAGAAGAGGCCGACGCGCCCUCCAGAAAAGGGGUGGUUUCCCACGUUGGAAAGGAAGUGACGCCUGCCCAGGGUUCCCGGAAGCGCCUUGCUUCUGUAUGCGAAAGAAGUGUUUUCACUGGCUUAGGCAAGUGGUGGGACUCCGAGAGAGCAGAAGGCUACAUUUUACCUUCAGACAGUAAUUUGGUCACCUGUACCUCCUUCCUAAUAACUGCUGCUGUGCCCCCUCCAUAAGUCCUGCUAUAUGGUUGUAUAUUAGCUGAAUAUCUUUUCAUAUUGGGCGGGGGAGAGAAAGGUGGGACAGAAUUUAAGGACAACUUCCAGACCUUGGAUAAAGUUUUCAUGGAAUGUUUGAUGUAGAGCAAAUAACUAUAUGAGGGUGAGUAACAGUUUUGGAAAAGAAGCUGUUGAUAUAGGAUGAAGAUAGGGAACUUUUUCAUUUUUGUGUAUUUGUGGGGAAAAGUCUAUUAAUAGUUAUAUCUUGUGAAUCUUACUCAACUUAGUAAGAGUUACAUGUAGGUGGAAGUUUUUUCUCUCCCCCCUUUUUCUGUUUGAUAUUCACCAUCCCUCUCUGCCUCCCCCAUCUCUACAUCAUUUGUUUCCUAUUCAGUGGGAAAGGCAAACAUUCCUUGCUUGUGAUUUGCUUACUUGCUGAGGUUUUUAGUUGAAAGUACACAGUUUCCUCAUCAUUGGUGUUGAAGAAGACGUGCUAAAUUAAGAGCAAAGGCAAUCUAGUAAUGUAUUUCUAAAAGGGCCUUAUCACAAGCAGAGUAUGAAGAAACAACUUAUUUAUACUAUUACUGCCAGCAUCUAGAAUCUGCUGAUGUGCUUCUCCAAAUAUGGAUAUUCCAUGGAGCCAUCAUAGAUAAAAGCUUGAUGAUCUGUCCUCAGUAAAUCUGGCUUGUCUUUUUAAUUCUGUUUCAGAAAGUAGUUAUUUUUGAUCCACGUGACAAUAGUUUCCCUAUGUUGUUGGGAGAAUUGGUUGAGAGUGCACUUGGGUGCAUAUGGACUCUUUUUCCUAUCAGGCAGGAGAGCACAACUUUUGAGGUAAAGUACUUCUCCCAGGACAAGACAGAAUGGUAGGAUUUUUGUCUUUCCCGAGGAAAUGAAAGAGGACUGAAGAAGUUGAGCUCCACAGAACUGUUUUGUCGUCUGAUUCCAAAGCCAGCUAUAUAAUGCUGCUGUGGCUCAUGCCCUGAGAUGGCCAAAACAGGCACCGAUGAACCUCAGUUAUCACAAGAAACAGACUGUGGGGAGCCCACUUCACAGAUCAAAAAUGAAUGGUCAGUGGCAAAGGCAGAGUCUCAGAACACAGUGAAAAUUGAAGUAAUUUGCACAGAUGAUGGCGAAAGUUCUACGCACAGCACUGCUGAGGAGCCAGCCCGCAAACGCAAAAAGGGACCUGCCCCCAAGAUGUUGGGGGACGAAGUCUGCAGCGUAUGUGGGGACAAGGCCUCGGGUUUUCACUAUAAUGUCCUGAGUUGUGAGGGUUGUAAGGGCUUCUUCCGGCGCAGCCUCAUCAAAGGAGCUCAGUAUACCUGCAAAGGCAGUGGCCAGUGCCACAUGGACAUGUACAUGCGCCGGAAGUGCCAGGAAUGCCGGUUGAAAAAAUGCCGACAAGCAGGCAUGCGGGAAGAAUGUGUCCUUUCAGAAGAGCAAAUCCGCAAGAAGAAGAUCUCUAAGCACGAGAGUGAUGGGGUUCCAGCUGGGGAGAGAGAUGGAGGCGAAGUACUUCGAGUACCUCCGUUGCUCUGUGAUCCUGCUUUAUCUCAGCCUGAGCCGGUUCCUCUUACCCCACAGCAGGAGGGCAUGAUCCAACAGUUGGUGGCGGCCCAACAGCAGUGUAACAAGAGGAGCUUUAGUGAUCAGCCCAAAGUCACACCCUGGCCAAUGAGCAGCGACCCCAACAGCCGGGAGGCUCGCCAGCAGCGCUUUGCCCAUUUUACAGAAUUAGCCAUCAUCUCAGUGCAAGAGAUCGUAGACUUUGCCAAGCAAGUACCCGGCUUCCUGCAGCUCUCACGGGAAGACCAAAUCGCACUGCUAAAGGCUUCUACCAUUGAGAUCAUGUUAUUAGAGACAGCCCGGCGCUAUAAUCAUGAGACUCAGUGCAUUACAUUUCUUAAAGAUUUUACUUACAGCAAGGAUGACUUUCAUCGUGCGGGUCUUCAGGUAGAAUUCAUCAACCCCAUAUUUGAGUUUUCUCGGGCCAUGCGAGAGUUGCAGCUGGAUGAUGCCGAAUAUGCCCUCCUCAUUGCGAUCAACAUCUUCUCUGCUGACAGGCCGAAUGUACAGGACCAUGGCCUGGUAGAGGCUUUGCAGCAGCCCUAUAUUGAGGCCCUUAGUUCUUACAUCCACCUCAAUCGUCCACAGGACCACCUGAUGUUCCCCCGCAUGCUGAUGAAGCUGGUGAGCCUGCGGACAUUGAGCAGCGUGCACUCAGAGCAGGUCUUUGCUUUGCGCCUUCAAGAUAAGAAGCUUCCGCCACUUCUGUCUGAGAUCUGGGACGUCCACGAAUAGACCUUUUGAAUGGACUGGGGAAGAGGCAGACCUCUCCCAGCAGCACCAGCAGGCAUGCUUCCCCAUAGCGAGUCUUUGGAUUCAGCAUAAGCCUUACAAUGGCUCGACUGGGAUCCUGCCAAAGGAAUUGCGUCAAGUGAGCUACUAAGCACUUUUGUUUUCUCCUCCUUCCCGAACAGUCGUCAUCUUUCUUCCAUUGCUUCAGAUUUGGGGGGGAGGGGGGGAGGUCAGUCACCCACCUUCCUUCUGAGUGGGAAGAGGGAGAAGUAAAAAAAAAAAAAAAAAAAACACUUGUCCUCCAAAGACUGCACUCCUUCCCGUUUGUGAACAGCAAGCAGCUGUGCCCCGCAUCAUUAACUUAACUGCAAUGAUUCAUUUAACAAUAGUGGUAAGACAACUGAGAAUGGUUUCUCCUUAGGGAGGGAAGAGUUUUACAGUGAAAAUAAGAGGGGGUUGCCAUAUGUAGUACCUGGUGUAUGGGGCAAAUACCCAGAAGAAAUAAACUGAUCAUGAAAAUAAA